AUGGAGGGACUUGAUGUAGCGUCCGUCGCUAUUACCUCUACGGUUGUUGCCUUAUCUUUAUCUUUUUUUCUUCUUCGCUUUUACUUAAAUACCACGGUCAAUUGUGGUUCCUUCACUGCUAGGGACCUCGACAAGCAACCUUUGACCAAGGAAAAGCUCAGUUUGAAGGUGUUGAAGGCUACCUUGACACAUGUGAAGACUGUUUACACCUACCUCUUCCUCACCGUUGUCGUUCUCGGAGGACUCUUGGUUUUGUUCGACAACAAGGCUGUUUUGUGCAUCACAUUUUUGGCAGGUGGUUUGACAUGUAUGCUCAGUGGCUUCCUCGCCCUUGUCCUCUCCGGUAAGGCGCCCGCUAGGGCCAUCCACCUCUCCUCCAAGUCUAAGCAUGAGUCAUACUUGCAUCUCCACGGUGUUGCUGUAGCUGUAGCAACAUCCACCUUGCUUGUGAACUUGGUCACCUUGUUCGUUCUCUUGCUUUUGUUGAAGACCUUUGGAGUAUUCAGCUUGCCAACCAUCAACUUGUUCUUCGCUUUCAUCAGCUACUCAGUUGGUGCUAUCUUUGUAGCUUCCUUCUUGAGAUUUGCUGGUGGCGUCUUCACCAAGCCAGUUGAGCUCUCCCUUGAGGCUCCAGAAUCAGCUCUUCACAAGGAUUUGCCAUUUUUCUUGGAUGGAGUCUACCUCACCGCCGUUGACUUGUACUCUUUGUUUGCUGUUCUAUUUACAGCCUUCUUGUGGCUCAUGCCUUCCUCUGCUCAAGGUGUUAGCUGCUUGACAAGAUUUGGACAUUUGGCUUUCCCAUUGGUAUUGCUCUCAUUCUUCCUCGUUGUACACCUCGUUGUAUCAUUCUUUGUUGAACUCCUCUUGAGACAGAACCUUUUGACUUCACUUUUGCAUGCAAAGUUUGUUGCUCUUGGUCUUUACUUGGCUGUUGUUUUGGCUCUCUUCCCUCUCUGCGUUUACUUGUUCUUGCCAGAUCCAGUUGAGGAUGUUGCAUACAAUGGUUACAUCGUCUUUGGACUCUUGUGCUUGGGAUUGUUCGUCUUCCUUCUUCUUUUGGUUUACACUUACUUCACUUGCGCUCAUGGAUCACCAUUCGCUACAGUAAACAUGUACUCUAUUGUCCGCGGUCUUCUUCACGGUAUGGCAAAGGGUUCAGCAUUCUCUGUCUUUACCACCCUCGUACCAUUGGUCUUGCUCUUGUUCAUUGUUCACUUGUGCUUGACUUACAUUGGUCCACAUUCUUUGGCCUUUGUUUGCUUGGGAGCAGCUGCCUUCCUUCCAUUCGUUCAAACCCACACUGUCUUUGGAGCCUUGUGCCCACUCUCUAAGGAUGUUGCUGUGUUGACACAUGCUGAGGCUGAGGUUGUUGAACUUUUCGAUGGCUUCUGUGGCUUGUCUUCACCUGUGAACGCCUCCUUGUACACAUACCUUUGCUCAACUUGGACUUUGGUUGGCGUUUCUUUGCUAUCUGUCUACAAGAGUCUUUCCCGCAUGAGGCCAUUGGAUGCCCUUGGUGGAAACGUCUACGUUACUAUGGUACUUGGAUUCUUUGUUCCUCUCCUCUUUGUUGCUCUUUGCGUUCAUGCUGCUUCCUCACUCUCCGCACCUUCCGCUUCUGGUGUUUACAUCAAGAGUGUUCUUUCCCGCGGAUUCUCAGGCAAACUUGGCCGCAGUGGUUCUGAUGGAGCAAAGGUUGCAGGCGGUGACGGUGACGGUGACAAGGUUGGAGCUGGAGUAGGUGUCAAGGUUGAGGAAGGUGGUGCACAUGCCGCUGCCCCUGAGUCUUUGGACCACGGAUCUGAUGACUUUGUUUUCGACUAUAAGGAUGCUGCUCUCUUCACAAAGAAGUCCUUGUUCUAUGCCUUCCAAGGUGUUUUGUUGGUUAUGGCAGUACCUCUUAUCUUGGGUUUCAUAUUUGGCCCACACGUUUUGUUCAUCUACUUGUGCUCUUUCCACGUUAGUGCAUUCAUCACAUCUUAUGUCUUCACUCACUUGGGAGCACUUUGGGAAACAUGCCACGGAAAUCUCAACUCUGGAAAGGUUUGCGUUGAGGAUGCCGCUGAUACCAAGAACUCAAAGAUUUGCAACAACUUUGGACUUUUGGUAGCAAGGUUUGUUUCUCCAGCACUUAACUUGGCCGUUGCUUUCACUGUUCUCAUUGCCCUUCUCUUCGCACCUCUCUUCUUGAAGCGUCUCAUAGCGUCCUUCUACGCCGCCGCUGUAGCGGCUUACUAUGACAACAGGGCAAAGGCCAUGGCCGCUGGUAUUCCUACUAUCCCUUAA